ACCCGAUGAAUUGUUGGUAGGAUUCCUCGUAUAGAAAAACUGAGUUAUCAACUUAUUCGUGUCAAACUUUUUACAGCGAUAGAAGCAAAACGCAUUUGUGCAUCACCCGCCUAACAAAACAAUUUAUUGGUUAUCAUGGAUAAAGUAGUUAAAUUCUGCGAACCUGGCCGUGCCUUCGCCAAAGACUCCAUUCGUUUAGUGAAACGCUGCACCAAGCCUGAUCGCAAGGAAUUCCAGAAGAUUGCUAUUGCCACAGCUAUUGGUUUCUGUAUAAUGGGCUUCAUUGGUUUCUUUGUGAAACUAAUUCACAUUCCCAUCAACAAUAUCAUUGUGGGCUCAUAAAUUGUGAAGCGGCUGCAUCAGCUGUAUUAUUUCAUACAUUCAUACUUGUCUAAAGAUAGUUAAUUUACAUUUACUCAAAUUGUGUUUGUAUAAAACAUUGAAUUGAGUUUAUUUUUCAUUUAGAAAUAAGAGAUUAAAUAUUUGCUUGUGAAGAGAUUACUGGAAAUGUUUCAUUUUGUAGCUGAAAUCUAUAUCAAAAUCUGUAUUUUAUCGUAAGUGAUGAAUUGUCAGUUUAAAGACACCAGGAAUAACAUGAUUUCGGUUUUACAACUUUAAUAAAACAUUAAAAAAUAAA